GUUGCUUCCUUUCGUAACAUCUUCGAAACAGAAACUAAUGGUUGCAGAACCGGCAGAACUCACAAGUGAAAAUGAUAUAUGGCACUGCAUCUUGAGCUUAUAUAGAAAGAAACGGUUGCUGAGCCCCUCAAAAAGAGACCAGACUUGUUGAGUUAAUUCUGAAAUGGAAAAUUCUAACAAUGGCACUCCACAACUAGCGGACCCAUGGGUCUCACCAGACAGGUCAAUCUGUAAACAGAUAACCCACCCGGGGGAAGGGUUGUACACACCAAAUGAGGGCUCUAUUGUGACAGUCUGUAUCAAAAGUGUGCACAUUCCUCAGGAUGUUGCUGCUGGUCAACUAUACCAGUAUGACUGUGGGAAUAUUGAGAUUACCCUUGGGUUCCCAGACACUUGGUGCAACGAGAACAUAGAAAAAUGCAUUGAGAGUAUGAAACCAGGGGAGGUGUGCGAGGUUUGUUUCUCAAGAGAUCAUAAGACCUGGGAUGAAUUUAAAGAUGAUGAAGCUAGUAAAGUUGUCCUCCGUGUUACCUUGAAAAGUGUCCAGAGAUGCACAGAUUUGUGGGAGAGAGAGCCGGAACUAAUUUUACAGAUGGCACAAAAAUGCAAAGACAAUGGAUCAAGACUGUUUAAAGAAGGCAACCUGGAGUAUGCUUCUAAACACUACAGUAAAGCUUUGAAAUAUCUCAUAAUUUUAAGAGGGUGGGAUGUAAGCCCCGAGUUAAAUGAAAAGAUACGAAGUUUGUCUGCUGUGUGUUAUACCAAUAUAUCUCUUUGUUUGCUGAGGAAUGGCUCAUAUGAAAAUGUAGUGAGAAGUUGUGAUAAAGCUUUAGAAAUUAACCCCCAGGAUGUUAAAGCUCUCUUUAGGAGAGCUAAAGCAAAUACAGAACUGAAAAACUACGAUGAUGCCAAGAUGGACUUGGCAAAGGCUGAGGCAAAAGAGCCAGGCAAUCCUGAUGUAAAGAACCUGAAAAAAAUUGUUGAAGAACGUUUGAAAAAUUCAGAAAGUACCAUAGCUGCAGGGAUGCGAAAAAUGUUCGGUAGUUGAAAAUAAAGAUUUCUUUUGCAGAAUUAAAGUUGGAGGGUUAUUUUUACUUUAAAACCAACAGGAUAAUGUACAUGAGAUGAUUAAUCAAAUAUUAUGCAAAACUAAACAAAAAUAGAGUAAGAAUUUAAAAGAAACUCAGGUUUAAAGUAUAUUUUAUGGUGUUUGAAAAUAUGCAUAUUAUCAGUUCAGUAAUACAGAUUUUAUGCUUGUAAAAUAAAUGACAUUACAGGACUGCUUGAAUCUCUUUGAAAGCUCGUUAUUAUCUAUCAAAAGGAACAGCCAGCAUUUACUUUUCAGUCUUUAUUCAUAGUAUUUUCUGUAAGCUCCUCACAUUUUACUAACAGUACUGUACCAACACAAAACAAGAUCUCACAUAGCAAACUGGCAGGUUACUGAUUCAGAAGUAAGUUUUUUAAUUGAUGCAAUAGAUAAAUGAAAAAUAUUUUUUGAAAACCCAUUCCUGCUGUCUUUGGUCCGUUACUAGUUGAUUAUAUUUCAUGGAGAGUUCAUAAAUUAUAUAUUCUCUUUGAUCUGACGUGAUCUAUAAAAUAAGUGGAUGGCUCGUUAUUUUUUACCUGUUUUUUUAACCAUUACGAGUUUUAAAAAUAUGGAUUCACAGUAAAUAACUCAAUAAUUAAGUGCUACACAAUAUAACACACAGCCAGCAUAUAUUACAGAAUCUACAU